AUGGCGAUGCAAGAGCUCGCUCCAGAGAUACUCGUUCACAUCUUCGAGGCAUUGUCCUCGGCCUCCGACAUCAUCAAUCUAUCCCUUACCUGUCGAUGUUUUCACACACUACUACCCAGUUCACAAAAGCUCACACUAUUUUACAAUGCAAUGGAUCAAACCAUGGGACCCGUGGAAGAGAUCAUUCAGUUACUUACAUUCAAUGGCAACCAGCUGCUCCAUAUUCGAAGGACUCCGCCGUUGUCGUAUGCACUUCUUACCCAGAUCGCUCACGUUGGUCGGGUUGGGCAACGGUUUGUUGCCCUCUACCCGACCCUUAAAUGGGUUGAAGACCAAAGCGUCAACCGGCGGUUUCUCAGAAAGGACGAAGCUCGGAGACUUCGUCGAGCCGUUUAUCGGUUUUGGUUCUAUUCACAGGCCUUUCAUAGUUCGCCUGCCUACCGUUACCUUCGUUCGAACACCACCUCCUCUGAACGACUUCAACUGUUGCGAGGUUGGCCAACAGAGGACCUUUUAGACUUCGAGGACUUUCGAGGUAUCCUCGAGCAACUCCUUGCAUCGGAGAUCUGUCCCACUGAUGGUGAUGUAUACUCGCGCCACCAAGAAGAUGCACGAGUUGGGUUCCAGACAUGCCACCGUUCUGCGGGUUGGGUCGAUCCAAGCAUCAUGUUCCCAGAUCUUUUCCAUAGUUCUCGCGAUGAAGCCACCCUCGUGGAAAGUACCAAACUUACGGUCCAGGAGCUCCGAUUCAAGCACAUGAGAGGUUGGGGAACUGAUCUCGACAAUUUCUACUUAGUGCAGGCAUUCCUCAAGCUCACACCUGUCCAAAUGCUGUGGCUGUACGACAAUGCGGUAUCAAAGGCCGACGUGGAGCGAUAUCUUGAGGAACAAACGCAUGACAUAUGCUUUUUGGAGAGUGGUUCUUUGGUCUUUCAGGAUUGGGUAACUAUUUUGCACCAGCGCGGCAUCGAUGUUCAGCAGGUGCGAGAGGGGAUCUGGGACGGAGUAUGUGGCAUCGGCGUCGACUAG